AUGGGCGGCCCCGUUGCCGCCCCUAUCGGCCCCGUCGCCGCCCUUCGCGGCCCCGUCGCCGCCCUUCGCGGCCCCGUUGCCGCCACUAGCAGCCCCGUCUCCGCCCCUCGCGGCCUCGUCGCCACCUCUAGCGGCCCCGUCGCCACCCUUCGCGGCCCCGUCGCCGCCCCUAGCGGCCCCGUCGCCGCCCUUCGCGACCCCGUCGCCGUCUCUAGCGGCCCCGUCGCCGCCCUUCACGGCCCCUCGUGGCCUCUUCUCGGCCCCGUCGCCGCCCUUCGUGGCCCCGUCGCCACCCUUCCCGGCCCCUCCUCGGCUCCUCCGCCACCAGCAACAGCCGCCGCCAGCAACAGCUGCCACCAGCACCAGCCGACAGCAGCAGCAGCAGCCGCCAACACCAGCGGCGGCCACCACCAGCAGCAGCCAUCGCCGCCGACAGCAGGAGCUGCCGCUGCGGUCGCGGCUCUAUCCCUGCCGACGCGCCUCGGCCCUGCCCCACCGCUUGCCGGCCCCUACCUACCAGCCCUAGUGAGAGCACUGCCGAGCCACGCUUGCUACUACUGCCCCUAG